AGCGCGAAGGUGUCGAGUCUGCCCGGUUCCUCGCCCGCGUUCUCCACGAACCCCUCGCCCAGCCCGGGGAGGUGGAAGAGGAGACUGCGGAUUCCCCCUUCCCCCACAGGUACACACAAACAUAGAGACCUCGCACGCACCUGAGGUCGCCUUUGCUUGGACCCUCUGCCCUGAGGGUAAUGGUUCUGGACCUUUGCAAUGGACAUCCUUCUGCAGUCCUGCCCGACUCCGGCCGCCAAUGGCUCCCACUGGUGCCAGGGUCGCGGGUCCGCCGAUAACCUCAGCCUGACCGACACCUCCGCCCUAUGCCCCGAGGGUACCCUGCUCCGGUGUAACCGUACGGAGGGCAACCCGCUGGGCAAGAGCUCCUCUUCGGUCAUCAGUUCCAUCAUCAUCACGGCCCUCUAUUCCGUCGUGUGUGUGUUGGGUUUGGUCGGCAACGUCCUCGUCAUGUUUGUCAUCAUCAGGUACACCAAGAUGAAAACAGCCACCAACAUCUACAUCUUCAACCUGGCCUUGGCAGACGCCUUGGCCACCAGCACACUGCCCUUCCAGAACAUCAACUACCUAAUGGGGUCCUGGCCUUUCGGCCAGCUGCUGUGUAAGCUUGUGAUGUCCAUCGAUUACUACAACAUGUUCACCAGCAUCUUCACCCUGACCACCAUGAGCAUGGACCGCUACAUCGCCGUCUGCCACCCAGUCAAAGCCUUGGACUUCCGCACGCCGCACAAUGCCAAGAUCAUCAACGUCUGCAUCUGGAUCCUCUCAUCUGCCAUUGGACUGCCUGUGAUGAUAAUGGCCAACACGAUGGUCACCAAAGGGGAGCUGGAGUGCACACUGAAAUUCCCGCAUCCGUACUGGUACUGGGACAACCUCCUGAAGAUCUGUGUCUUCAUCUUCGCCUUCGUCAUGCCGGUGCUGAUCAUCACCGUUUGCUACGGCUUGAUGGUGAUCCGUCUGAAGAGCGUGCGGAUACUUUCGGGCUCCAGGGGGAAGGACCGGAACCUGCGCCGCAUCACCAGGAUGGUCCUGGUGGUAGUGGUGGUGUUCAUCAUCUGCUGGACGCCCAUCCACAUCUACGUCAUCCUCCGGGCGCUGGUGAGGAUCCCCUCCACCGUCCUCGACAUGGUGGCCUGGCACUUCUGCAUCGCCCUGGGCUACACCAACAGCUGCCUCAACCCCGUGCUCUACGCCUACCUUGACGAGAACUUCAAGCGGUGCUUCCGUGAGUUCUGCCUGCCGUCGUCCUCCUCGCUUCCCUGCCAGAGCUCCAACCAGCCCAGGAGCCAGGCUCGGGAGCACCCCUCCACCGCCCACACCGCCGACAGGACUGACCAGCGGCUAUGACUAGGGGCGGGGCCCCGACCCGGGGACGAGCUCGGCUCCGAGCUCACUCAGGUCACCACUGGGCUGUGACCGUUCCCUCGCGGGCUCAGGGGCUGGCCCACACCGGAACUCGCACCCCUCCCCCACCAGAUAACACGCCUUCAAUGUCGUCCGCACAGCAUGUUUCCCUAUGUACCUCGAGGUGUUCAUGAGGACACAUCUACAAGUCUCUCAGCUUGGAAACAGGCUGUUCGGCCCAUCUGGUCCAUUCUGACCAAGAUGCUGCAUCCAGGACAGUUCCUCUGCCUGCAUUGUGUCCCGCGAAAUCUUGCCUGUCCAAGUACCUUUUACACAUUGUUAAUGUAGACUCUUCUUUAUUUAUCUGGAGUACAUGGAGACAUGCAGUAAAAUGCAUCGUCUGCAUUGACAGCCGACACAACCUGGAGGGCAGCCCCCAAGUGUCUCCACAAAAUCCGGCGCCAACAUGGCUGCCCACAAUCCAUGGGUCCCUCUAGCAUUUUCUUUGAACAGGAAGACAAACCUCUUUCCUCCAACUCUGGCACAUCCACACUUCCCCAAUCCUGGGACAGGCCAUCUUCAGCCUUCAUCUUAUAGCGCAGUUGAACUUGUGCUCACAGACGUUACCAGGGGACUCGUAGAGAUUCACAGUCUCUAACCGGUGGACCUUGACUUCCUGACUUCUGAUUUGAUCCACGGGCCUCGAUCCUCAAUUGAAAGAAACCGAAAAAAAUUACAAGGACAUUGCCACAACUUGAGGGCCUCCGUUACAGGGAAAGGUUGAAUAGGUCAAGAUUUUAUUCCCCUGAAGUUCAGGAGAAUGAGGGGAGAUCUGAUGGAGGUGUACAAAAUUAUGAGGGGUAUAGAUAGGGUAAAUUCAAGGAGGCUUUUUCCACUGAGGUUGGGUGAGACUGGAACUAGAGGUCAUAAGGAUGAAAGGUGACAUGUUUCAGGGAAACAUGAGGGGCAGCUUCUUUACCCAGAGGGUGAUGAAAGUUCGGAAUGAACUGCCAGCGGAAGUGGUUGAUGGGGAUUUGAUUGCAACGUUUAAGAGAAGCUUGGGUAAACACUUGGAUGAGAGGGGUGUGGAGGGCUAUGGUAUGGGUGCAGGUCAAUGGACCAAGGCAGAGUAACAGUCUGGCAUAGAGAUGGGCUGAAGGGCCUGUUCUGUGCUGUAGUGCUCUAUGACUCUAUGACCAAACUUGUCAAUGGGAAACUUAAGAAAAGAAUGGAUCUCCAUUUAAAUCCUAAACAUCCACAGAAAUGCCACACAACGUGCUGGAUAGGGUCAUCAAGCUUUAGUGCAGCCCUCCAAGGGGCAGAAUUGUUUUUUAUUGCCACUUGUCUGAAAUAGAGUCAAAUGCUUUUGCUUGCAUGCUGUCCACACAGAUCAUUCCAUGUGUAAGGACGUUGAGGUAGUACAAAAACUCAGAGAUUGCUUCAUGUCAUUUCCUGCACACGUGUAAGGAGAACAAAAUAUUUGUUACUCCAGAUCGGAUGCAGCACAAUAGUCGAUAGCUUUCAACAGCAAAGUCAAAGCUGUCCUUGAGCCUGACGAUACAUAACUUCUGCUCAGUGGCAGAGGGGUGGAUGGGAGCUUUGAUUAUGCUGGCUGCUUUAUUGAGGCAGCCAGAAAGAUUUCAUUGGAGGGGAGGCUGGUUUCUGUGAUGUGCUGAGCUGUGCUCACAACUCUCUGCAGUUUUUUGAGGCUUAGUACAAAGCAGUUGCCAUCCCAAGCCAUGAUGCAUCAGAUAGGAAACUUUCUAUUGUGCGUUGCAUUCGUAAAAUUUUCCUUUGUCUUGUGAGUAGGUGGAGUUGAUGGUGAGUGUCAUUGUGCAUCCCAUCUAUAGCUUGAGUAGAAUAUGUUUAAUGUACGAGGAGCAUUUGGUGGCCCUGGAGCUGAACUCACUGGAGUUUAGAAGAAUGAGUGGGAAUCUCAUUGCAACCUAUUGAAUAUUGAAAGGCCUAGACAUAGUGGAUAUGGAUAGGAUAUUUCCAAUUGUGGGAGAGUCUAGGACCGGGGAUACAGCCUCAGAAUAGAAUGUUUUCCCUUUAGAACAGAGAUGAGGAGGAAUUUCUUUAGCCAGAGGGUGGUGAAUCUGUAGAAUUCAUUGCCACAGACAAUGGUGGAGGCCAAGUCAUUGGGUAUAAUUAAAGUAGAGGUUGAUAAGUUCUUGAUUAGUCAAAAGUUACAGAAAGAAGGCAGAAAAAUGGGGUUGGGGAAAAUAAAUCAACUAUGAUUGAAUGGCAGAGCAAAAUCGAUGGACUGAAUGGCCUCAUUCUGUUCCAAUAUCUUUUAGCAGCUCAGUAGCAUAGAGCAGCCAUCUCACAGAUCUAACGCUAAGCCUCUAGAAGGCAAUGGUCUAGCUGCACUUGAAGUAUAGUGAACAGUUUUGGGCUCCUUAUCUGAGAAAGGAUGUGCUGACAUUGGAGAGGGUCCAGAGGAAAUGAUCUCAGAAAAGAAAGGGUUAACAUAUGAGGAGCAUUUGAUGGCUGUACUCAUAGGGGUUAGAAGAAUGAGGGGAGAGAGUCUCAUUGAACCCUACUGAAUAUUGAAAGGCCAGGUUAGAGUGGAUGUGGAGAAGAUGUUUUCUGUUGUGGGGUAGUCUAGGACCAAAGGGCACAGUAUCAGAAUAGAUAGUUGUCCAUUUAGAACAGAGAUGAAUUUAUUUAGCCAGAAGGUGGUGAAUCUGUGGAAUUCAUUGCCACAGAUUUCUGUGGAGGACAAGUUAUUGAGUAUAUUUAAACCAGAGGCUGAUUCAUUCUUAAUUAGUCAGGUUUCAAAGAUUAUGGGGAGAAGACAGGAACCGGAAUAAGAAUGGGGUCAAAACCGUGAUGAGUCUAGAUGAAGGAUCUCAGUUUGAAGUGUCAACUGUUUAUUCCUCUCCAUAGAUGCUGCCUGACUUGCUGAGCUCCUCCAGCAUUUUGUGCAUGUUGCUCAGAUAAUUAUUCCCCUGACCAGCACUAGUAAAAGAAAAUUCAACUCUCAGCCCUGGCAUUCAAUGACUUUACCAUCACUGAAUACCCCAUUGUCAAUCUCCCGCAGCUGGACUGGUCAUAACAGUGUGGCUACAGGAAGGUCAGAGAGCAGCAGUCCCGUGGCAAGUAACCCCCUGAAACCUGUCCACCAACUACAAGGCUCUGGUGAGGAGUGUGAUGGGACACUCUGCGACUGCCUUGAGCUUCAACAAUGCUCAUGAAACUCAACACCAGACAGGAUAUGGCAACCCACUUGAUAGGCACCCCAUCCACAACUACCCUGUCUCUCUAUCGCAGACACACAGUCGCCGAUAUCGGUAGCAACUACAGCAACUCGGACAGCACUUUCCAAACCCAGCUGGAAGGACGAGGGCACCAAGAGCCUGGGGAACACCACCCCUGGAAGUUGCCCUGCACCCUGACUUGGAAAUUCUUAACGAUUUGAAAAAGCUAAGUACAUUUAUUAUCAAAGUAUGCAGGUAGCAUAUAACCCUGCGACUCAUCACCAUGUCAAAUCCAGGAACUCCCUCCCUAACAGCCUCCACCCCUCAAGGGGUGACACCAUUACAGCUCUGUGGGGGAGGAGGGUGGAUUUUGGAGUUCAAUUCCGGCACCCUCUGUAAGUAAAUUUCCACUUUCUUGUCCAUAGGCACCUGGGUUUCCUCUUCCUCUGGUUGCUCCGGUUUCCAAAGUGGCCCAGAAGGUUAAAGCAGCCAUCUCACAGAUGUAACGUUGAGGCUUCAGAAGCCACUGAUCAGACUGCACUUGCAGAAUUGUGAGCAAUUACGGCCCCUUAUCCAAGAGAGAAUGUUCUAGCAUUUGAGACAGUCCAGAGGAGAUUCACAAGAAUGAUCACAGGAAAGAAAGUUUAACAUAUGAGGAGAAUUUGGUGGUUCUGGGCCUGUGGUCACUGCAGUUCAGAGAAUGAGGGAGGAUCUCAUUGAAACCUAUUGAAUAUUGGAAGGCCUGGAUAGAGUGGAUGUGGAGAGGAUGUUUCCUGUAGUGAGGGAGUCUAGGAUGUUUCCUGUAGUGGGGGAGUCUAGGACCAGAGGACACAGAUAGAAUGGAUGUGGAGAGGAUGUUUCCUAUAGUGGGGGAGUCUAGGACCAGAGGACACAGAUAGAGUGGAUGUGGAGAGGAUGUUUCCUAUAGUGGGGGAGUCUAGGACCAGAGGGCACAGAUAGAGUGGAUGUGGAGAGGAUGUUUCCUAUAGUGGGGGAGUCUAGGACCAGAGGACACAGAUAGAGUGGAUGUGGAGAGGAUGUUUCCUAUAGUGGGGGAGUCUAGGACCAGAGGACACAGAUAGAGUGGAUGUGGAGAGGAUGUUUCCUAUAGUGGGGGGGUCUAGGACCAGAGGACACAGAUAGAGUGGAUGUGGAGAGGAUGUUUCCUAGAGUGGGAGAGUCUAGGACCAGAGGACACAGAUAGAGUGGAUGUGGAGAGGAUGUUUCCUAGAGUGGGAGAGUCUAGGACCAGAGGACACAGAUAGAGUGGAUGUGGAGAGGAUGUUUCCUAGAGUGGGAGAGUCUAGGACCAGAGGACACAGAUAGAGUGGAUGUGGAGAGGAUGUUUCCUAGAGUUGGAGAGUCUAGGACCAGAGGACACAGAUAGAGUGGAUGUGGAGAGGAUGUUUCCUAUAGUGGGGGAGUCUAUGACCAGAGGACACAGAUAGAGUGGAUGUGGAGAGGAUGUUUCCUGUAGUGGGAGAGUCUAUGACCAGAGGACACAGAUAGAGUGGAUGUGGAGAGGAUGUUUCCUGUAGUGGGGGAGUCUAGGAUCAGAGGACACAGAUAGAGUGGAUGUGACCAGAGGACACAGAUAGAGUGGAUGUGGAGAGGAUGUUUCGUGUAGUGGGGGAGCCUAUGACCAGAGGGCCAGAAGGAUUGUUCCACGCUGUACUUCUGUAUAAAUUUUAAAAAGGACUGCAGUGGUUGAAGAAGGCACCUCUCCCUCACCUUCUCAAGGGUGACUGGGGAUGGACAAUCAAACAUUGGCUCAGCCUGCAAAGUCUAUGUCCCUUGAAUGAAGAGAAAGAACAAAAUCUUCUGGAAAUGGAGUCACAGAGGCAUGCUGCAGCCUACCAACCCUGCAUCCGUUAACAACGGUCUUAAUCUUCCCUAAAAUGAAACACCGGUACAAGAUUAUUCGGGAUUCAAGAUUGUUUAAUGUUAUUUCCAGUACACAAGUGUAAAGCAGAACAAAAUAAUUAUUACUCCGGAUCCAAUGCAGCACAAAAGAUAAAGAACAUGACAAUAAAAAACACAAUAAAUAUAAAUACAUAAGUUAGCUUAUACACAGAGAUUGACUGUAUGUCAAUAGAGUGACACUAGGCACGGGAGUGUCUGUACAUAAGGUGACUGACAGGAAAUGAUGAAGUGGUAGUGGUUGGGGUGUGGAGGGGUUGGUUAGUGGGUGGAGGUGUUGAUCAGCCUUACUGCUUGGGGAAAGUAACUGGUUUUGAGUCUGGUGGUCCUGGUGUGGUUGCAGUGAGGUCUCCUCCCUGAAUGAGAGUGGAACAUGGGUUAAACCAGCAGAAAAUACCUUGUAGAAACUAAAGAUGCUGGAAUUUGGAGAAACACACAAAAAGCCAUUAAAACUCAACAGGUUAGGCAGUGUCCUGGGAGGGAAGUAAACAGAAAAAUGGACAGUUUGGGCAAGGUAAAAGGCCUCUACCAGAAAUGUCAACUGCCAAAUUUCCUCCACAUACACUGCCUGACACACUGACUUCCUCCAGCUUUUUUUCUGGGCAAGUAGUUUGCACUUCUCUUUGAUAUUAUUUCAUCUUUGGUGUGGUACAGGGAACCAUUUUGUCUGUUAUUGGGGUCGUUACUUUCCCUAUCGUAAUCUGACCACAUGGGAAGAAAUGGGAUCCAAAUCAAUUCAUUGGCUUGGCACUGGGUUUGAAUUGUUGCUGUUAAUUUCGCCCCCAUUGCAACCACUUCCCAAAGAAGCUCACACACAAAAUGCUGGAGGAACUCAGCAGGUCAGGCAGCAUCUGUAAAUAGUCGAGAUGCCAAAAUAGGAGGGGGAAGUGCCCUCUUACCUUUUCUCCUCACCUACCCUCACCUCCUCCUGGUGCCCCUCUUCCUUGUUUUUCUCCCAUGGUCUACUCUCAUCUGCUAACAGAUUUCUUCUUCUCUAGCCCUUUACCUUUUCCAUCCAUCACCUCUCAGCUUUUCAUUUCAUUCCCCCUCUCCCCACCCCUCUGAUCUUACCUAUCACCUUCUAACUUGUACUCCUUCCCCAUUCCCCCCCCCCCACCUUCUUAUUCUGGCACUUUCCCCCUUCCUUUCCAGUCCUGAUGAAGGGUCUCAGCCCGAAACACUGAUUGUUUAUGCAUUUCCAUCGAUGCUGCCUGACCUGCUGAGUUCCUCCUACAUUUUGUGUGUGUUGCUCGGGAUUUCCAGCAUCUGCAGAAUCUCCUGUGGUUAUUAACUUUCACAGACGCUGCCUGUCCUGCUGAGUCCCUCCAGCAUUUUGUGUGUGUGUUACCCAAGUUUAUUAUCACUGAGUUAUAGGAUAUGAAACUUGUUUGUUUUGUGUCAGCAGUACGGUGUAAAGACUUAGCAUUGCUAUAAAUAAACAGUGUGAAAGGAUGGAAGAAUGAGAGAGUGUUCAUGGUUUCGUGGACUGUUCAGAAAUCUGAUGGUGGAGGGGAAGAAACUGUUCCUAAAUCAGUGUCUUUGAGCUCCUGUACCUCCUCCAUAACAGUAGCAAUGAGAGGAGAGCACGUCCAGAUGGUGAGGUUCUGUCAUAAUGGAGCUGCCUUCUUGAGGUACUGCCUCUUGAAGAUGUCCUCGAUGGUGGGGAGUGUUGUGCCCAUGAUGGAACUGGCUGAGUCCACAACCCUCUGCAGCCUCUUGUGAUCCUGUGCAUUGGUGUCUCCUUGCCAGGCAGUGAUGCAACCACUCAGAAGCCUCUCAGCCCUAUAGCUACAGAAAUUUAUACCAGUCUUUGGCGACGUUCCAAAUUUCCUCAAACUCCUAUUGCGGCAGAGCCUCUGAUGUGCUUUCUUUGUGAUUACGUCAAUGUGCUGGGCCCAGGAAAGAUCCUCCAAGAUGUCCAAACAAAUGGAGUUGUGGGAAGGUGCUCUGAGGUCAAAGGUCAUCCUCCAAAAUUUGAACUUCCAGCACCAAUAAAUGUGUCUUUUGAUGAGAACAGACAAGGCCACAUAGAACACAGAACACAUUUGAAAGACUCUUAUACAGGCACAUGGGUGAUAGAAAAAUGGAGGGCUAUGUAGGAGGGAAGAGUUAGGUUGCGUUUAGAGUAGGUUAAAGGGUCAGCACAACAUCAUGGGCCAAAACUUGAAGUAAGAAGAAAAACAGUCAACAGAUCAAGCAGCAUCUCUGGAGUCAGAAGCAGUCAAGGUUUUGGUAUCUUACAAAGGGUCACAGACCCUAAAACAUUCACUGUUUCCUUCUUCGCAGAUGCUGCCUGACUUGCUGAGUUUUUCCAGCAGUUUUUGAUAAACACAAGAGAUUCUGCAGAUGGUUGAAAUAUUGAGCAACACACACAGAAUGCUGGAGGGUCUUGGCAGGUAAGGCAUCAUCCGUGAGAGGAAGAAACAGUCGAUGUUUUGGGCCAAAAUCCUUCAUUAGGUUUAGGCAGGAAGGGAGAAGAAGCCAGAAUGAAAAGAUGGGGAGAAGGGAUGAAGGACAAGUGAACUCUUCCCUUCCAAGUCCCAUAAAAGUUUUAGAUGCGGACCACACACCUUUAGAAAAUAUAAAUAGUUCAAUUGCUUAUUAGUAUCCCAUGGACCAAUGUACCACCAACAAUUUUGAUUUUCAUGCCAUCCACACAGAUCAUUUCAUCAUAUCAGUAUAUUGAGGUUGUCAUCAUCGUGUGCCUUGUUGUGUUGACAUGGGUGAUCAUGGUCUUUCCGUGACCAUGAUUGUUCUUGGCAAAUAUUUCGACCGAAGUGGUUUGCCAUUGCCUUCUUCUGGGCAGUAUCUUUACAAGACGGGUGACCCCAGCCAUCAUCAAUACUCUUCAGGGUUUGUCUGCCUGGCGUCAGUGGUCACAUAACCAGGAAUUGUGAUAUGUACUGGCUGCUCAUACAACUAUCUUCCACCUACUCCCAUGGUUUCAUGUGACCCUAAUCGGGGGUUAAGCAGGUACUACACCUUGCUCAAGGGUGACCUCCUUUGCUAGAGAUUUAUCUCCGCCCCACCACCAGAAUGCAGAAUAAAAUGUUACAGUACAGAGAAAGUGCAGUGCAGGCAGACAAUAAGGUGCAAGAUCAUGACAAGGUAGAUUGUGAGGUCAACAGUCCACCUUGUCGGACUAGGGAACCAUUCAACAGUGGGGUAGAAGCUGUCCUUGACUCUGCUGGUACAUGCUUUCAGGCUUUCAUAUCUCCUUUCCAUUGGGGGGGGAGAGAAUGUCCGGGGUAGGUGGGCUCUGAUUUUGCUGGCUGCUUUACUGAGGCAGUGAGAAAUGUAGAUAUAGAACUCAGAACAGUGAAGCACAGUACAGGCCCUUCAGCCCACAAAGCUGUGCCAACCUUUUAACGGAAUCCAAGAAGACAAUAUCACUGUGUCAAUUUUAACACGGCAUUGUCUUAUGUGAGACCUCACAGCUGAGAGUAGCCGGGCUCGCAGGUUCAGUCGCUGCAGAAAGCUGUACCACAAAGCAGGCAGCACUCUUGCAGCCACUGGUGAACGUUGCCACUGUUGAAUGGAUGCUGGAGUUUGGAGGGUGAGGUCAGACUUGAGUGAAUAUAAUCCUGAGGCGAGUGCAGGGAGAACGAUUCUUCAUGGUAGAGAAUCCAAAGCUAGUGGUCACCGAGUCACAAUAAGAAGUUGUUCAUCUGAGGUGGAAGCAAUGUGGUUCCCUCUCCUUUUGUCUCCGUGCAGAUCAUAAAUCUUUGAAACUCCAGAACAUAUAACAUUACAGUGCAAUACAGACCCUUCAGCCCUUGACAUUGUGGUGAGCUUUCAAACACUCCAAUAUCUAUCUAACCCUUUUCUCCCACAUAAACCUCUAUUUUUCUUAGAUAGGCACACAAAUGAUAGAAAAAUAGGAGGAUUGAUCUUAUUGUAGGUUAAAGGGUCAGCACAAUAUUGUGGGCUGAAGGGCCUGUAAUGUGCUCUACAGUUUUAUGUCUAUGGACAAGAGGCCAGUCAGAGCAUGGGGUUUAGGUCUAUGGUCUGAUCUCACCAGUCGCAUUCCCACCACCUCAUUUCUCACCCCACAACCCCACCAUCUCCCCACAGAUUCUACCACAUGCCCAUAGACCAGGGACAAUUCACAGCCAACGUUUAACCCACCGAGUCCGCAUGGCUGUGGGGUGCAGGAGGAAACCAAUGCUCCCCAGAGAGGUGGGGGGAGGCAGAACGUGCAAACUCCGCACAGACAGUGCCCAAGUUCGGGACUGAACCCAAGUCUCUGGAACUGAGAGUUAGCGACUCCACUGGCUGUGAUGUUGUGGCCCAAAGCACAGUGGAAGGAGAGAUGUCCCAGAUUCUUCAGGCAACGGGGAAGGGUUGCUGGGUAGGCGAGAAUGAAGGGUUGACAUUAAUUCCAAACACCACAAUCUGACUGAUGGGACAUCAGCCCAGACAUCUCUGAGACUCAGUACACAGAGGACAACUUGCAAUGGCUGACAGAUAUACCAUGAAGAACAUUCUGACUGUGCGUACCACCAUCGCCUGGUGUCAAGGGGCCAAUAGACAGGAACACGAGAUUGCAAAGGGUUUUAAACUCAGCCAACUCCACUAUGGGCACAACCCAUGUCCUUCAUAAGUCAAUGUGCUCCAUACAGGAGAUGGGAUACUAAGUUGAAGUUGUACAAGACAUUGGGGAGGCCUAAUUUGGAGUGCUGUGUGCAGUUUUGAUCACCUACCUACAGGAAAGAUGUAAAUAAGGUUGAAAGAGUGCAGAAAAAAUGUACAAGGAUGUUGCUGGGUCUGGCGGACUUGACUUAUAAGGAAAGAUAAAAUAGUUUAAGACUUUAUUCCUUAGAACAUAGAAGAUUGAAAGGAAAUUUGAUAGAGGUAUACAAAAUUAUGAGAGGUAUAGAUAGGGUAAAUGUAAGCAGGCAUUUUCCACUCAGCUUGGGUGGGACUACAACCAGAGGGCAGGGGUUAAGAUAAGAGAUAAGAUAAAACUUUAUUUAUCCCAAGGGAAAUUAUUGUU